AUGUGGAAGGAAAAUAUCACUCAUAUCAGUGAAUUUGUCCUGGUGGGCUUCCCUACUUACCCUUGGCUGCAGGUUCUGCUUUUCUUCCUCUUCCUCAUCACCUACCUGUUUGUGCUGCUGGAGAAUGUAGUCAUCAUCCUCACCGUAUGGGUCACUGGAUCCCUGCACAAGCCCAUGUAUUAUUUUCUGGGCACCAUGUCCUUUCUGGAGACCUGGUAUAUAUCUGUCACCAUCCCCAAGAUGCUGGCUGGAUUCCUGCUUUGUCCCAAUACCAUCUCCUUCUUGGGAUGCAUGGCCCAGCUCUAUUUCUUCAUGUCACUUGCCUGUACGGAGUGUGUGCUCUUGGCUGCCAUGGCCUAUGACCGUUAUGUGGCUAUAUGUUGGCCUCUUCGCUAUCCGGUUAUGAUGACCACAGAAUUUUGUGUUCAGCUAACCAUCAGUUCCUGGCUGAGUGGCUUUACUGUCUCCUUGGCAAAAGUAUACUUCAUCUCCCAAGUUUCCUUCUGUGGUAAUAAUAUCUUGAACCAUUUUUUCUGUGAUGUUUCCCCCAUCCUCAAAUUGGCCUGCAUGGACUCGUCUAUGGCAGAGAUGGUAGAUUUUGUGCUAGCCGUCAUCAUCCUUGUGUUUCCUCUCUCAGCCCCUGUCCUUUCCUAUGCCUUCAUUGUCUCUGCCAUCCUGCACAUUCCUUCAGCCACUGGGCAGCGGAAGGCCUUCUCUACCUGUGCCUCUCACCUUAUGGUGGUAGUCAUCUUCUACACAGCUGUGAUCUUCAUGUAUGUCCGACCUCGGGCCAUUGCUUCAUUCAAUUCUAACAAGUUGAUCUCAGCCAUAUAUGCAGUCUUUACUCCCAUGCUCAACCCUAUCAUCUACUGCCUGAGGAACAAGGAGGUCAAAAAUGCCAUCAGAAAAACCAUGGCAAGUGGCCGAGCUCUUUUCUUCAGAGAUUCUCUUUGCUAAGAAAUUCGGAUUUCAGAUUUUCUUCUUUUUU